UGUAAAUUGCUUAUACAUUUUCUAUGAUAAUCAUUAUCAUGUGUGUACACUACACCUAGCUAGCAAACAGACUCAUAGUUGACAUGUCCCUACCGUCCCACCCUAAAUAUACUGUAAUAGUUUAAGGGAUAUGGAUUGGGCAUGGCUGCCAGCCCAGCUGCAGGUAGACGUAUCCUAAAUUAUCUUCCUUUCACCAGUGCGCGGACGAACUAACUCAGCUUCAUUCCAAUCAUUCCAGACACCUUCUUUGACACGCAGCGGUGUCGCAAUUCACUCCCUCGCUCAAAUAAAGUCGAAUGGUGGUUUUGUUUAGCUCCAAAUAUAGAUGCGAUACACCUAGGUGGAUGGACGGCAGAGAAAAUCUUCCAGAAGUUUCACUGAAGUCGGAUAGGAUGUUGCUGUACUGAGGGUGUCUUAAUUGAAAUGAAAACGUGUGAAAUUGGUAGCCUACAUCAUAACAGAACAGACAUGAGGGACCGUCUGAGCCACCUGCAGGAGCUGUCCUACUCCAACGACCAUGUGGAGCAGAUGGACUAUGCUGAGCAAGGGGAAUCUGUCUCUGGGGACUCUUUCAGCAAUGUGGACCUGGACGAGGAGCCUCCUCACCAGGCUGUGGUGUGGGACAACACGCCUGAACUGGAGGAGGUCUUCUCCAAGUCUCAGGAAGUCCACCGCGAGGUCCAGCUCAUACGCCUGGAAAUCAAGCGCCUCCGCGAGCAGAACACACGCGUCCUCCAGGGCACCACUAGCAUGUCAAUCGUUAAGAGGGACUCCAACGCCAUCGCGGCUGACAUCAAGGUCCGCGCCGAGGGUGUGCUGGCACACCUUAAGGACAUGGACACAGCAGGGCGGGAGCUGGAGGCAGAGCACGGCUCCAAUGCCGCUGUGACACGUAUCGCGAGGACCCAGUAUGCCUGCUUGAGCAACGGCUUCCGCGACGCUAUGUUUGACUAUAACGAGGCUGAAAUGAACCACCGGGAGAACUGCAAGGCCCACAUCCAGAGGCAGAUGGAGAUUGUGGGGCGGGAGGUGACCGGCGAGGAGUUGGAGGAGAUGAUCGAGACAGGUCAGUGGAACGUCUUCAAUGAGAACAUCUUGUCGGAAGGCAAGACGGCACGGUCGGCACUCAACCAGAUCGAGAGCCGACACCGGGAGCUGUUGGAACUGGAGAGUAGGAUCCAGAGCAUCCAUGAGAUCUUCCUGGAUGUGGCUCUGCUGGUGGAGGAGCAGGGCCCCAUGAUGAACAGCAUCCAGACCAACGUUCAGAACACGGAUGCAGCCAUCCAAGAGGUCCUGGUAAAGCUUAGCAAGGCCAAGCGUCACGACAAGAACAACCCCUUUAAGAAGAUGUUCUGCAGUUGCUUCCCUUGUGUUGACUGAGGCAGAAACAAAUGCCUGUGCUUACACAAACAGACAUUCAGGUAUUUAUUUUCAACAAUAGGUCUGUUGACAAGUCAGAUCUGCUCUGAAAGAAAUCUUAUGUAAUUUGUAAAAAGACGAAUUGGAGGAUACAAGUUUAGAACUCAGUUGCUCGUGUAGACGCAGCUAAUGACACUUGGGAAAAACUGUAAUGUGUGAGAAAUGUUCCAUAGAAGGGGAAAUGCUGAAUGUGGAAUUUUAAGUUGUACUACUCAGAAGUUGUUUUGAAUGGUGUGUCAUAUGACUACCUAGUCUAUGUGAUGACAUCACUAGGAUGAAAAUUCCUUUUUUGGACUAGGUUCAGUUUAUUCUAAAAUCACGUAACUAUUCUCCACUGUACCGCAAGCUUCCAUGUUCAGUUUGACUGGGAGUGAAUGAUGACAAACAAUGAAUUUCAGUGAAUUACUCUACAAGAAACAUUGUUCAAAAAACAAAUGUUCAUUGGUCACGUUUUCAGUGCUUAUCCUGUAGAAUCCAGCAAUGCGCUAGUUUAUUUGUUGAAAUUUGAACAUUUAUGCAUGGAACAUUGUCUUAACCUUGUAUUGUUAGACUUUGAGAAUGGAAGUGAAUUUUUUUUAAAGACUUUAAAAUAACUUGUUGUUUAGGUGACAAACACUUUUUGUGGACUGAAUUAAUUAUUUUGCUUUAAAUCUUCCUAUCAACAGCCCUUUCUUGGAUACGAACAGCAAUAUUCAUUAUUGAUGAGAGCUUAAUCAUUAAAUUGUUUGAGCGUUAGUAAUGCCUCUCAAUUACAGUUGUUUGCAUUUAAUCAAACAUAUCAGUGCUUUGUAGAUUUUUUUUUUUUCUGCCAUUUAAUUUUUGUUGUAAUUUAUGUUACUGUUGUCUGUCUGAACAUUCAAUUCCCAACUAUAAAUGAUAUAUUAAAUGAUAAUAAAAUUAAGAUUUUUGUUUGAUUGUAAGUCACAAUAUAGUUUACAUAAUCUCACUCUCUCACACACACACACACACACACACACACACACACACA